AAGAACAUCAUGCAUUGCAGCUUGAUAAUUCAAAUGGAGAUGAAAGGCCCACAGAUUCCACUGUAAUAACAUGCGUUGAAGCUGUGGAUGUGUCGGAGCACUUAGAAGGAGUCAAGGACUGCCCACAUUUCAAGCUCUUCCUGAUGUUCAAGAGGAAAUGAUUUCUUCUGGUGCAUCCUCUGCUAAAGAUGGAUGUUUGAUAACUCCUGAUUCAAAUGCUAGUUCUCCCAAGGAGACGUUAGCCAGUGACGCUAUGUUAAAUAUAUCAGAUUGUGCACCAAAUCUUCUCAUAGGGAAGCAUAAGAAUUCUAGUCUUGAAAAUGAAAUAUGUGAUAAUUCUACCCUGCAAAAUGGUUGUAAUCCAGUGAGUUCUGGUGUAAUAGUUCCUGGAUUUAUGUCAGAUGAUUCAUUGCAGAUGCCAAUGCCCAAAGAUGUGGUUCACCAAAAAAAGACAUUGCUUUCACCUUGUGAAAAUGUUGAAUUUGGGAAUUUGGUUGAUCAAAAGCAUAAUACUUAUGCGGAACAAGGUGGAGUAGUAGGCUCAACUGGGCUUUGUCAAGAGAUAUUUAGGAAUACUUUGCCUACAUUAGUUGAAGAACAGGAUAGGAGCAAAGUUAUUAAUUGGGGAGAGAGUUCGGAAUGCUCACAUGAUAUUUGAAAUUGCGAGAGUGCUUGUAAGCUUGAUUCUAAUGGACUUGGGAAAAAGAGAGCAUAUACAGAAGGUGAUCAGAAUGAUUGUGGCAUGCUUGAUGCCAAGGUUUUAAGAAGCAGAAAGCAUCCUAUUAGGAAGGUAGAUGAUCAAAAUGAUUGUAGCAUGCUUGAUGUCAAGGUUUUAAGAAGCGGAAAGCAUCCUAUUAGAAAGGUUGUUCCUAGAAGAUCCAUGCGGCUGGUUUCCAAGUGAUUUAUGAAGUCUGUGCCGGCGAAAUUCGAAAUAUUGGUUUCAGUUUUCCUUAGGAAUUCAUAUUGCAAAGUCAGGUAUUGUCUAGAGUAAGUGUUAAGUAAUAAUUUUGCAUAAUAAUUUCAUUUGAGCUCACACUUAAGAAAAUGUUGGUUUAACUGAAAUAAUAUAUGCCAACCUAUGUUGUUCGGACAGUUGAAUCCGUUAUUGUCCAAAUCUUUGUUAGUAUUAUUGUCAUGAAAACUUAUGUUGUUCUGACUCGGUGUUAGA